GAUCAAUUUGAAUUAAUCGAUUACACUUUGUUUAGAAAACGUAUCUAAUAAUGUUUUUUUGGUUUUUACUGUUUACUGUCGAGUUAGUCGAAUUUUCGGAGAGCGUUAAUUUUGUAAAACUUUGUUCAAUAAUUCAAGAAAUUAACAUUAAAGUAACCGACGAUCAAAAUUGCGAGUACACUAAUGAAUCGAGAUUUUUAGAUGAUUUUGCUUGUAAACAAAAUACUUCAGAGAAAAAUGACCACAGUUGUAUUUUUCUUAAUUUUGCUUGGAGAAAUGAUGUCGAAACUGAAAAAAACUGUACAAUAAUUGCAGAAAGUAAUACAGUUCCCCCUAAAAGCUUUAAAGGUUGCGAAUGGUCUACUUUUAAUAACGAUUCUUGUUUAAACAUCCUUUUGGAUACAUUAAAGAAUGCAUGUCCAGGUUUCAAGUUAGCUGGAGAGUUUUUUGCAGUGAAAUUGAAAUGCUAUUCACAUAAUACCAUCGAUUUAAAUUCAGAGUUUUGCGUGUUGUUUACAUUACAAAAGGAAAUAUUAAAGGGAAACGAAUAUUUUAUUCAAAGAAUAGAAAAGGGAACAAACUUUCUUAACGCUUCUUUUUUAUCACUAGAUUACUCUGCAAAGCAACCAACUUCUUUGGGCCACUACACUAGACAACCAAGUUUUGUAGAAAACAAAAAAGCCAUUAAAGAAAACGAAAUAAAAAACACCACACAGACAAAUAACAAAUCAAUGUUAAAUAAAAAUGUAGUAACAUUUGUAGUUUUAGGAUGCGGUGUAAUGCUAUUCCUUCUUAUUGUUGCUUUUUAUUUUAUAUGUAGCCUAAGUAAAAGAAGUAAAGAUCGGAAAAUGACAAUAGAAUCUGCACAACUUAGUUGUACGGGUGAUGUCGCAGAAAUAAAAAUGGAAGAAUUGUAUGCAUUUCCAAAUAAAAAAAAGUUUAAAUUCAAGUAUAGAUUGCACAAAAAUAGAGGUCAAUGGAAAGGUUACGAUACAGUCAAUUCUGUAAUUCCUGGUACUUAUAAGGAGCACAAUCUUAAAGCCGAUUCCUGUGAAAAAAGUCUUUAUGCAAACACAUUCAACACUUCUCCAAAAGCGAUUCAUUCAUCACCAAUACUUGGGGAAGAUGUCCCUUUUAAAAGAAUUGUGGGGAGAAGUUCCUUUACACCGAAACGUUUUCCAUUCCCUAAAGAUGGCAUCCCAAUAAACGAAGAAACUUUAAAAGAAUCAAAAAAGAACUUUGAUUUUGAUCAAGAACUUCUGGAAUCAGAAGGAAAUAUUAAAGAAGAUCAAUUGAAAAAUAAUUUUAAUGUAGAAAGUAAAAAUUGUUUACAAAAUGGAAACAAUACCCCUGGAGCUAGUGUACAAAAUGAAAAUGUGUCAUUUUUUAAACCCGGAUCAAGUGUGCGAAUUAAACAACAACGUACAACUCGGCGAAACGGUAACGAAGGUAAAAAUAAUCUAUCUAUGCGUGAACUCGUUCAUGAAGAUGUUUCUAUUACGCCACUAAUUACUAAACGAAUUUCACCAGACUUAAAUGAUUCUAGGGUAAACUCGGAUGAAGCUAACAACAGCUUCAAGAAAAAAUCUCCAGCUGUUCCGAAGCGAACAUCAUCUAUAAAAAAUGUAAAACAAAUUAAUGAAAACGUAUUUAAAAAUUCUCCAAAAAUAGAGCAAAAAACCAAUGGAAUUGAAAUGAGCGAUUUAAUGAAAGUUGAAAUCUCCUUUCAAAACAGUUCCGAAGUGGAAAUUAAAGCGGAUAUUAAUGAGAUUAUUACUAAAGCAGAAGUUGAACCCCUUUUUGAACCGGAAUAUAAAAAAAGUACAAACAAUCACGACACAGAUAAAUCUUUUAUAAAAGACGAUUAAACAGGAAACAAGCCAAAAAACUAUUUACAAUAUAUAAUAUUGCUUUUAAAUAAUCAAAUUUAUAUUAGCGCAUAUUUGCUUUAAGCUCGAUUGUACAUUUGCGUGGUUUUUAAACGUAUUUGCACGUAGCCAUAAAAAGAAAAAAAUAUAAAAAAAAAAGAAAAAAAAAAGAAACAGAGCUUUGCUUGUAUAUUUAUGUAAUGAAGUAAAUAAACAUUAAAUUUGCCUUAUUAGCCAACAUUGUAUUACUAUAAAUUAUAAUAUAGUGUUGGUGUUUUAAAAUAAUUAUUUUGAAAAUUGAAA